CCUUCUGAUGUGGGUGGGUAAUCACAUAUCCCCCUCUCUCACACAUCCCCACUGGGUUUGUCAUGAGUUUAGUGGAGAAACAAACGCUGCCUUAUGCUGGGCUAUAAAUGCAGAUGAUGUCAGUGUCAUGGAGCGAGAAGUCGUGUAAGGUAGUGUCGUCUAUGGGUCCACUGGCAUGUUUAAUUUAUCCAAACAUGCUGUGCUGCUGAAGAUUUAGCUUGCCAUCCUGUGUGUCUGUGUUGAUUUGAAGAACUGGAGCAUGAAGGAGGACAGUAUUAAGGGCCUGUGAACCUUGACCUGACCUGCUACAGCUGGACUCCUCUCUGUAGACGCUAAAGAAACACUCUUCAAACUCCAGGACCAUGUCAACAGGUAAUUACACUCCUGCCCCAGGGGGCCCUUUUUCGGCCCUCACACCCAGCAUGUGGCCCCAGGACAUUUUGGCAAAGUACUUUCAGAAAGACCCCGAUAUGGAAGCAGAACUGCAGUAUGAUGAAUUUGGGUUCCGGAUCGAUAGUGAAGACGGGGUUGAGACAAGUAAAUGGCAGCGUGGUGAAGGGGCUCCUCAGAAAGAGGACCCUCAGCAAAGACUUCGCUGGCAGGCCCAUCUGGAGUUCACCCACAAUCACACUGUAGGAGACCUGACAUGGGACAAGAUCUCCCCUACCCUGGCUUGCUCUGACCGCCUUCGGACCCUUGUGCUGGGGGGCAUACCACACAGCAUGAGACCACAGAUGUGGAUGCAUUUGUCAGGGGCCCUGCAGAAAAAGAGAACAUCAGAAAUCUCCUACAGGGAAAUCGUCAAAAACAGUUCUAAUGACGACACCACAGCAGCCAAACAGAUAGAAAAGGAUCUUUUGCGGACCAUGCCCACUAAUGCGUGCUUCAGUAACAUGUCGAGUGUGGGGGUGCCCAAGCUCAGGCGGGUCCUGAGAGGACUGGCGUGGCUGUAUCCAGACAUCGGCUACUGUCAGGGCACAGGCAUGGUGGUGUCCUGUCUGCUGCUGUUUCUGGAGGAGGAGGAUGCUCUGUGGAUGAUGUGUGCACUGAUAGAGGACCUUCUACCUCCCUCAUACUUCUCCUCCACGCUGUUGGGAGUUCAGACCGACCAGCGCGUGCUCAGACAGCUCAUAGUGCAGUAUCUGCCGAGUCUAGACCAGCUCUUACAGGAGCAUGACAUUGAGCUUUCUUUAAUCACGCUGCACUGGUUCCUCACUGCCUUUGCCAGUGUGGUGGACAUCCGCAUCCUGCUGCGAAUCUGGGACCUGUUCUUCUACGAGGGCUCAGUGGUGCUCUUCCAGGUUACGCUGGGCAUGCUGAAGAUCAAGGAGGAAGAACUGGUGUCAUCUGAGAACUCGGCAUCCAUCUUUAACACACUCUCAGAUCUGCCCAGUCAACUAGAGGACGGGGCGGCAGUGCUGGGCGAGGCUGUGCGUCUGGCAGGAUCUCUGUCUCAGGAAAGCCUGGAUGCACUCAGACACAAGCAUCUUGCCUACAUCCUGGCAGAGCAGGCCCAGCUCAACUCUGGCAACUCCCAUUCCCUCCACACCAACCUCAACAAGGUGGUCCGCAGACAGAGCCUGCACAGGAAAUCCACCCUGAGCUCGCUUCUCUGGGGGGAGGACGAGGUGGAGGCGCUGAAGGCCAAAAACAUCAAACAGACGGAGCUGGUGGCAGCACUGAGAGAAGCCAUCAGUCGAACCGCAGAGCACUUUCACUGCCUGGACCCCCGCAACUGCAGCACUGAUUUGACUCCGGACUAUUCUAUGGAGAGUCAUCAAAGGGAUCACGAGAACUUCCUGGUUGUGUCUCGGAAUCGCCGGAGACGAGCCAAAGCCUUGCUGGACUUUGAACGGCACGACGAUGAUGAACUGGGCUUUCGGAAGAAUGACAUCAUCACAAUCAUCUCACAGAAAGAUGAGCACUGCUGGGUUGGGGAGCUGAACGGCCUGAAAGGCUGGUUUCCUGCUAAAUUUGUGGAAGUCUUGGAUGAACGAAGUAAAGAGUACUCUCUGGCUGGAGACGACACUGUAACUGAGGCAGUCAAUGACUUGGUCAGAGGCACGUUGUGUCCUGCUCUCAAGUCCAUCUUUCAGCACGGCCUGAAGAAGCCCUCCAUACUGGGAGGACCUUGUCACCCUUGGCUCUUCAUCGAGGAGGCUGCCAGCAGAGAAGUGGAGAGAGACUUCAACUCUGUCUACUCCAGACUGGUGCUCUGCAAGACCUACAGGUUAGAUGAAGAUGGGAAGGUGCUCACACCUGAAGAGCUUCUUUACAGGGCAGUGCAGUCUGUCAACAUGAGCCACGACACUGCACACGUUCAGAUGGACGUCAAGUUUCGCUCGCUCAUCUGUGUGGGCUUAAAUGAGCAGGUGCUGCACCUGUGGCUGGAGGUGUUGUGUUCCAGUAUGAGUGCCGUGGAGAAGUGGUACCAUCCCUGGUCCUUUCUGCGCAGUCCUGGCUGGGUUCAGAUAAAGUGUGAACUCAGAGUUCUCUCAAAGUUUGCCUUUAGUCUCUCCCAAGACUGUGAGCUGCCUACCAAAAAAGAGGAGAAGGAGCAGAGGCCAUUGAAGGAGGGAGUUCAGGACAUGUUGGUGAAGCAUCACCUCUUCAGCUGGGACAUUGAUGGCUAAACCACCACACACUUCCUGUGAGCUGCAAACACACAGACCAAAUCACUCUCCAUCUGCAGAAAAACAGGGAUCACACCUGAAAUUCAUCUUCAUUCGCUGUACAGCUUUACGUCACAUAGCUGAAUUGUUGAGUGUUUGUGUGUUGUUAUGGCUCAAUAGUUUCACUCUUUGUGACUCUUGUAAGAGUCUGUUUGUACAAAGGAGUUCUUUGCCAAGAUUUCACACAGAAUUAGACUAAAGACAACCUGCAAACACUUCCUUUCCUCCGAAGCUAAAUAAAUGUUGCUUCAUUUGG